GGGGGGUGGGGGGAGUAAAUGCGAGCUGUGUUCAGUCCUGCAGCCUCAGUGCCUGCAUUCCUGUCCUCUAGAAAGAUUGCUCUAAAGGAAAAAAAAAAUCAUUAAUAAUAACACCGAUACGGACUGGACUGUACCAACCGGGGGAAGCCGUCGGAUUUACAAGAGAGCUUGCAUCCCAUGGAAGUAUAUGUGCGCAGGGGGGAACGGUGAAGUCAUUUGAAGUUUCGGUUUUAUAUGUUAUAUAUGUGUUUGGCAGACCAAAAAAACAGCGGAGAGGGAGAAAAAAACGAACCAGGAGGUGGAAAAAAUAAGCAGAAAGGUCGCUUUUUUCCCCCUUUUUAAAGAGCAAAACAAGAUGGCUGAUGACAGCAAGCGAUAAAAAGGGCAGAACGGCGCCGUCCCCUUUAAGAGCAGAAAACCGUAUAAAAUCUCGCUUUUUAUAUAAGUUGGACAAUAAAACGGGAUACGUGGAACGAGCUGGCUUUCUUUUCUGAGGAAAUAUACUCAGCCCUAAAGAUACGCAUUUCUGAGACGAGGGAGAAGGCAGAAAUGGUAAAUCGGUAUUUUGGGGAGAAUUGUUUCACGUUGUUAAAUGAAGACAGAUAGCUAGGUGAGGUGAGGACGGAUUACUAUACCGAGCUGAGAACGGGAGACUUAAACAGUUUGUAAUUUAUUUUUUUGAAUAUCUCAACCUAUAGCACUCUAUAGAUGUAUAUUUUAGUGAAAUAUUUUAAAGAAACGCCGUUUUUGUUCUGCGCGACCGACUUCCUUUUCAAAUGACGGGGACAUAAAAGCAGCUAUAAAUUAAAUAUUAUAUAUAUAAUAGUCUAAUUUCGAUCAAUAUAUUGCAGAUGUUUAUUUUUCACAUACUUUUAUACUAAAUUAUUUCGAGAGGAAGAUGGCAGAGGCCUUGUGUACAGAUCCGGUUUUCAUGUGAUACGAUAUUUUUAAUACAUCUUGGAAAACACAAAACUGUACUGUAGUUACUGCUGGCAACAGCUAGUGUUUGAUGCUGCUACGUGAUAAAACGGUAUUUUUAAAAGGGCUAAAGGGUACUUUUUAAGGUCGUUCGGGAUUUUGACGAACUUUAACCGGAGGAAAGACCAGUUUCUUUUAGGGUUUGUUUCCGUUUUUAAAAGAAGAAGGAAAACUGUCGUGGCGAAGUUACGUUUUUAUUGUAUCUUUUAUCGCCUUUAACGAGGCGUAUCGUCACAAAGCGGGGAAGUGACAACGCAGUUCGAGUCCGUGUUGUUUUCGCACCCGAUGUUGUUACGUUUGUAAGAAUUGACAGGGAUCAAUUACGGAUAGUUGCGCGCUGAGCCGGGAGAAAAAAAUCUGGGAGUUGGUGUCAUCUGCAUUCGAGAAAUUCCCGACCGUUUGCGCUCAAUGUCGUUAAAUGUGGCAUGGUGAAUAAUUCUGGAUUAUUUCAGAGUUGAGUCGACAUCCUGACCACAGAGAGACCCCACAUUAAAAAGAAAACGCGAUUAAAAGAACCAUACUCCACUUGCUACGUUGUGAGUAUAGUACAUGACUGGAAACUCUUCCCGUUUUCUGCCAGACUUGGAAUUUUAUCCGGAAUAUCGCACGGGUUCCCCGUCCAGUGUCUCUCAGAACCGGAACCUGUGAAGAAAGCUACGUUUUUUUUUUUAAAAAAAGGAACUGUACGCCCUUUUCUGUUCUUUUUCGUUAUUCGCUUCUGGUGCCUUGCUAGCUCAGACGUAGCUUAAAAAAUAGUUUUUGAAUGCCUGCCGCUACAUUAAACUUCGUCACAGUUGGGACGCAGUUCAACCAUUAUUCCCAGCCUGGGUUAAUGUUUGAUCUGAGGGAAGGGACGGUGUCAGGGAAACGCUAGGUACGUUUUUAUAGAUCUAUUUUCGCAAACACGUUCUUAAGGAAAAUCAAAAUUCGUUUAUUUUCUCUGUAACCGAACAGUGCAAAUUUAGAUACAUCAGUGAAGAGGAAGAGGCGCUCCUGUGCGUUGUUUAUGGAGGCUUACCAACAUUGUGAACAAGGUCGGGAGGGAGGUAGGACUUCAGUGCGCUUUGCUGGGCUGUUCAUUCAUAGCUAAAGCCAUCUUUUUAAGCGCACGAAAAAAAAUAACAUUAAAACGGGAAAAAAAAAACUAGUGGGAUUUGAUCUAAGCUGCGUCAAUUGGGAUUUUGGAACGGCCAAAAUACCACUACGGCACUCGGGGAUCGAGAUAUUUCCUCUUUCACAACUCUCGCUAUCUAAUUCAGAAAUUUGAUAAUUAAUGCGAACAUCGGCCGAAAGCUCCACUGAGACGUUGCCAUGGCCGAAAACUGGAGAAACUGCUUCGAGGAGGAGCUGAUCUGUCCGAUCUGCUUACACGUUUUCGUGGAGCCCAUACAGCUGCCUUGCAAACACAACUUCUGCCGAGGAUGUAUCAGCGAGGCCUGGUCCAAAGACACGGGCAUGGUGCGGUGCCCGGAGUGCAACCACGCCUACAACCAGAAGCCCAGCCUGGAGAAGAACCUCAAGCUGACCAACAUCGUGGAGAAGUUCAACGCGCUGAACGUGGAGAAAACCCCGGCCAUCCUGCAGUGUAUCUUCUGCCGGCGGGGGCCGCCUCUUCCGGCCCAGAAAGUUUGCCUCCGCUGUAACGCUCCUUGCUGUCAGUCCCACGUUCAGACGCACCUACAGCAGCCCUCUUCCAACCCGGGGCACUUGCUAGUCGAGGCCGAGGAUGUACGGGCCUGGAGCUGCCCGCAGCACGAUGCCUACAGACUUUAUCAUUGUGAAGCGGAGCAAGUGGCCGUUUGCCAGUACUGCUGCUUCUCCAGGUGUGGGGCCAACCACGGUCACUCGGUGUGCGACGUGGAAGUGCGACGCAACGACAUCAGGCAAAUGCUGAUGAAGCAGCAGGACCGGAUAGAGGAGCGCGCCCAGGACAUCGAGGAGCAGCUGUACAAGCUGGAGUCGGACAAGAGGCUGGUGGAGGACAAGGUGCAGCAGCUGAAAGAGGAGGUCCGGCUGCAGUACCAGAAGAUGCACCAGCUGCUGGAGGAGGACCUGGGCAAGACCCUGGAGGUGCUGGACAAGGCGCGCUCCAAGUUCUGCCAGGAGAACUCCGCGCAGGCCCUGCAGCUCAGCGAGCGCCGGCAGGAGGCCAAGAAGCUGCUGAGCUCCGUCCAGGUGGUGUUCGACAAGGCGGAGGACAUCAACUUCAUGAAGAACACAAAGUCAGUAAAAAUUUUAAUGGACAGGGCACAGAUGUGUACGGGCACUGCGCUACCGUCUCAUAAAGUGGGCCACCUGAACUCCAAACUCUUCCUGUCUGAGAUCUCGAAAAAAGAGAAGAACCUGCGCAAGAUGCUUGAAGCCCCCUUCAGCGCUCCAGCCCACUUCCUCCAGAGCAUUCCAGCCUACCCCUGCAGCCUGAGCGGCUCGGGGGCGGAGAAACGCAAGCACUCCGCCGCCUUCCCGGACAGCAGCGGGUUCCUCGAGUCCUCCUCGGGGCCCGUGAGCAAGCAGUACCUGGGCCAGGGCUCGACGGCGGGGGAAGGCCAGUCCUCGCAGGCCAUGGUGCCCUGCAGCUCCACCCAGCACAUCGUGGGGCUCAGCAGCAGCGCGCAGGCCGUGCAUUCCAGCUCCGUCUUCACCCCCUCGCACUACCCCAGCGGCGGCUCCUCCCAGCAGCCCGUGCUGCCCCAGUACGGCGGCCGCAAGAUCCUGAUGUGCACGGUGGACAACUGCUACUGCUCCGGGGUGCCGUCCGUCUCCAACCACCGGGGGCACCCGCCCUACCCCCGCUCCAGCUCCUUCCCCUGGACCGUCAGCUCCCAGGAGUACUCCCACCACCCCCUGCCCUCCACCCCCUCCGUGCCCCAGUCCCUCCAGGGCCUGUCCAUGCGGGACUGGAUCGACGCCUCGCAGACGCACAGACACGCCGACUUCUACGGGCUCUACGGCCAAUCUUCCACGAAACACUACGUCACCAGUUAACCUUCCCGACAGGCGUGAGGGAGCGCAGAGGCUCGUGCCAGUCCAGAGUCCGGGGGGGUUCUCGCCCACCCCCGUUGGUUCCACCACGUCGAAAGCCCACCAGUUUCCUCCCCGCUCUUCCGGCAGACGUCGGACUUUACUUUUCCACUCCCAGGUUAAAUAAAAGGGAAGGUUGUUGUCGCUGAAGAGACUAGCGCUGGCUGUAUCCUGGUUGGGGGAGGCUGCAGCAGCAGUCGGCCCCCCUGCAGAUUAUUUUAAUCGAGAUGGAUCUCAGCCGUUGUCCCUCGCCUCUCCCCUCUUCCAGGGGCGUUGAAUCCAUGACUCUCUGCCCUUCACUUACGCAGCUCUUUUUUUUCCCCCUCCAGCUGGGGUUUUAAAUUGGGAAUAUUUAGUGCGUUUCCGUUCUGGCACAAGCCAGAGGGGGGGGGAGAGGGAGUAAAAAAAAAAAGUUUUUUUUUUUUUUGCCUUGGUCAAGGAUAAAUUUAGGUAGCUGUGGCUCCAGAUGUCUUUCGACAUUUUUGCCACAAGCAGGCUCUUCUUGCUGGCUGGUGGCCAAGUAUGAGUCAGGCUCAGAAAUCCAAGCCAUCUCCACAGAGAGCCAGUAGGAUCCCACCCACUGGGUGAGAGCUCCGUGCGAGAGUCGAGACUCCCUCUCCAUCAAAUGGGCUGAAAGUCCAAGCGAUAUGCGGCUUUCUAAAUUAACUUGCUUUUUUUCUUUGGUUGUGAAAACAAAGAAAUCUCUUAAAUAUUUUAUUUUAUAACCAAGUACCAUGAUGAGAAGGCAACACUGUGGACUGAAAUCCUUACAGGAUAAGAGUACAGAGGAAGGCUUUUGGAUACAAAGACUGGGUGUGUGUAGUGAUCAGUGUUGAACCCAGGAGCCUAUUUCUGGACUAUAUGGUGACACUGCAUCACCAUCUGAUGGGGGCUGCUGUUUUACAUGACUUCCUGCAGAAUGAUGUCACUUCCUGCACCAAGCACAUGAGCUCUCAACUUCCUGUUUGUAGCUUUGAGCAUGUGGGACAGUUGAGGAGCACUAGGAACUGCAAGCGGUAAGAAAGGGGUGUGCGCGUGUGUAAUGGGGGAGGGGGUGUUGGACAAUGGUGAAUUUUUUUCCAGAAGUUUUAUAUAAAAAAAAAGACUUUGAUCCGCUCAACUUGUGUACAACCAUAUGGUCAACGUGCUUAAAAGAAGCAAUUAUUAAAAACAAAAGGCUGGUUGAGAAAAAUGUAUCCGAUAUCUUUUUGUAAAUAUUUUGUGAAGCAAAUAAAGGAGGCAAUGUGAUUUGAA